UGGGAACAGAUAGUUCCGCAGGCCCGCUGUAUUUCACCAACGUCGAUCACAAGGCAUGAAGUUCUAGAGAUGCUGGAGGCAAGUCAGAAGCCGGGUGCUGAGUUCUUACUCGUUGAUGUCCGAAAGAAUGACCAUCAGGGUUCAACUAUUUCUGGGUCUCUAAAUAUGCCAAUCCAAACUCUCCAACCAAGUUUGCCGACUCUUUACCGCUUCUGCGUUGCUGCCAAAGUUAAAAAGGUCAUCUUCUAUUGCGGACAUUCUACUGGACGGGGCCGAAGAGCCGCCGGCCUCUUUGACGAUGAGGUCAGGAACCACGAGGGAGAUACAAAUAUCGAGAGCUUAGUGUUGAGUGAAGGAUUUAAUGGAUGGUCGACUGCAGGCGAGUUAUUCGACAGG